AUGGACACGGAUGUGGACAACAUUGAGACUAAUGUUGAGCCUGCUGCAGUUGCUGAGGUCGAGGGACAGGGUACAUUGGUUGACCCUUCAGCAUCCAUAGUAAUCAACUCUGUGGAUGAUAUCAAACAUGUCAUACUGACAUCCAAGCUCACACUGACUCUGGCCAAUCGUAUCUUCAACUCACCUCUGAAAGAUGAGUUUAUCGUAACCUACUUCAUCCUGUUAUCAACCUUGGAGCUACAUUCAACUGCCAAGGUAUCAUUCCUAACAUGUGUUAUACAGAAUAGUCAAUAUGAGUUGGCCAGGACAUUGCUGGACACUCAUAAGUUCACAUUCGUUGAGAUACUAAAGUGUCUAAAGGUCUUGGAUUCAAAGCGUGCAUUGAAGGUGUAUAAGAAGAAGCUAGAGUCAAUGGUGUCCAAGUACACCGAGCGUAAAGAUCGUCUGACCAAGGCCUCAGACGAGUAUCUGGCCAAGAAGGCACUUGAUGAUGCCGAGAAGAAGAAGCCCAAGAAUGACUCCAAGAAAGACUCCAAGACUGAGUCCAAGGAAGACUCAAACAACAUCAACGACGAUGAGAACAACAACAACAAUAAUGUAAAUAGUGUUAGAGGAAGAGGUGCCCGUGGUGGACGUGGCGGACGUGGCGCUAGAGGUGGAAGGCCAAGUGCUCCUGUGAUGGCAGUGACUGAGGAUGCUCCAGAGCUUGAUAAGAAGAUGAAUAAGAAGGUGAGAGAGAUGCAGUUUGAGCAGAGGUAUCAGAGCUCAAAGAGAUUCAUGGAGAGUAAGAUUACAGAGUUGGAGCAGUACCAGUGCAAGGGAAGCCUGUGUGGCUCCGUGACCAAGUUGUUCAAACGUUGGUUCCAGACCGUGCCUGUCAAGACACUGGAGUUCUUUGCACUCGGUCAACCAAAGGAGACGUGGAGGGAGAUUGCCAACCUGCUGCAUCUGGCCCCAUCCGACUUCAAGCUGCCCUGGUUCUUGGAGUUCAUGUUUGGCAAGCCCGCACCAGAGAGCACUUCAGUGCGCGCCUUUGACGACGCCAAGGCCCUCCUCGAGGCUGGCAGGCCCGUGGUCUACGGAAAUCUGAUAUCCAUCUUCAAGCCACCCUACUCAUUCUUGCGCAAGCGGCUUGGCGACUUGUUCACCGACUCACUCAAGGUAAAGGUGGCCACCUAUGAGGACCUGUCCACUGUGCUCUGGUGGUAUCACGAGUUCAAGGAUGUCCAUGGCAUUGAUGACAUGAUCGUGCGUCGUCUGGCUGCACGCGAGCCACUAACAUUGGCCUAUGGCACACUGAUUGAGAAGACCCUGUCGCUGACCAACUCGGCCGAGCACUCCAGAGUGUUCAAUGCCCUGCUCAAGGCGUCCAUGCAGCGCCUGUCGACCUUCUCCAACAGGUUCUCGCUGCCACCGCCCAUCGCCACAUUUGGCGAUCGCUCAGGCUCGAUGGAGGUUGCCAUCCGUCUGUCCACGAUCAUUGGAUACCUGGUCACCAACCUCACGCCCAACUCCACACUGUCCUUCUUCAAUACCGAGACCAUGAAUGCGCCCAUCACGCCAUCGUCCAUUGAGAAGCUGUUCAAGCUGACUGAUGUCGUCACGGCUGAUGGUGGCACGGCCAAUGCCGUGGCGCUCAAGCCAUUCCUCGAUUCCAAGACACCACUCAAAUACAUUGUGAUGGUGACGGACGAGGAGGAGAAUGAGGAUGUAGAUGGCAUGAGGUUCGCCGAGAUGUUUUCCAGGUACAAGAAGGAGGUGGCACCUGACUGCAAGGUCAUCUUCAUCUCGUUCCUUCAACCUAAUCAGCGUGGUCACAUGGUCUCUGACCUCGAGGACAACUACAACAUCGAGCCCAUCCAGUUCGUCCUCGAUGGUGGCAAGCCCGACGUCACCAAGAUCGAUCACAUGUUAACUUCACUAGCUUGUGAGUCGCCAAUGUUCACAUCCCAACUGGAGUUGUUGUGUAAGGUUAUGUCAUUGUUUGGAACAGAGUUCUUUGUCAAGUAUCUGAAUGCCAACUCAUCAAAGUUGUUGACUUAUGGACUCAACUCUGAGAUUGAGGUCAUGAUCCUGAAGCAUCUGCUUCAGUUCUACAUGAAGAAACUGCCCAAGGACAAGGACAACACGUUGUCUCACUUUAGUGGCAGAGUGUUCAAUGAGGACAACUGCAUCAAGAUGAUCAGCGCACAUCUCAAGAGCCUGGUGGACGUGUCCAAGCAAGCUGGUCUGGACACCCUGGUGUCCUUUGUUGAGGACGCAGUCAAGACGUUCAACUCGUUGGAGAGGAAGAAGUCGGUCGAGUUCCUAUCCAGUGUGUUUGAGACGCUCGACCAGGACUACUUCAUCAAGAAGGUCGAUCUGCCCAGCCACACCGGCGACGACCACGAUAAGAUCGACGCCAACAAUCUUGCCACAGACCCAAUGGCCUUCAAGGACAGGCUUUGCCAGGGUGAGCUGUCCAUCCCCGAGAUCGUCACGUUGCUCAACAACAAGAACACAAAGGACAAGUUCAUCUCUGUCUAUCUGAUGCUGCUCAACAACAUCGAACUGACGUCCAAGGUCAAGAUGAAUACACUGUGCGCUGCGCUUGAGUGCAAGAUGACCAGCUUUGCUCAGUUGAUCCUGUACAAUAAGAAGUACAGCUUCAAGGAGGUGUCCAAGGCCAUCCAGAUACUGGACUCCAAGAGACAGAUCAGUCAACUCGAGAAAAAGAUGCUCAGUGCUCAGAAGAAGCAUGACGACAGGAAGGCCAGGUUGGAGAAGGAGUCCAAUGAUUAUCACGAGAAGAUCAAGGCUGAUCCAAACAACAACAAUGCCACUACCACGACCACAACUAAGACCACUACCUCUGCCAAGGCCAAGCCCACAGGCAAGUUCAAGGGCAAAGGCAAGGGCAAGAGUCCAGGCAAGGGUCCAGGCAAGGGAAAGGGUCCAACCAAAGGCAAGGGCAAGGGCAAGGAGGACAAUGCGGCCAAGGUAGUUGGAGACGAGGUCAAAAGUGAGCCAGAGACAGAGCCAGCACCAAAGGACAAGAAGUUGUCGCCAUGGGAGAAGAAGCAACGUGAGCAGAAGUUUGAGAACAACUUUGAGGCGAGCAUCAAGUUGUUGCAGAGCAGGAUCGAUCAGUUGAAGAAGUAUCAGUUCAAUGGUAGUUUGAGCGGAAACGUCAUCAAGAUAUUCAAACGCUGGUUGAAGACAUUCCCCGAGAAGACGCUGGAGUACUUUGCUCUGGGCCAGCCCAAGGAGAUUUGGAAGGAGAUGGCCAACCUCCUCCAUCUGUCGCCCAAGGACAUGCAGGCCGACUGGUUCUUGCCCUCGGUCUACAACUCACCCCACACGGGCGAGGUCAUCAAUGCGUUUGCCCCAGAGGAGCUGCCCAUGGACACGCUGCUCGAGUUGAUCGCCAAGUACAAGCCAUCGUACUCAUACGUCAGGAAGAGAAUACCAAAGGACCUGUUCACUGACGAGCUCAGGUUGAUUGUGGCCGGCUAUGAAGAGUUGACCACUGUCCUCUGGUGGUACCACGAGCUGGCCAGCUUUGACGUCGACUCUCUGGUCGCCAGACGUCUGGCCAACAACGAGCUGGGCCAGAUGUCGCUGGGAACACUGCUGGAGAAGGCAAUGUACUUCCAGCAUCAGGGCAUCCCGCUGUUCAACGACAUCAUGCCAAUCAUCAGGAAUGCACUCAAGGUGUUCUCGUCCAAGAUCGCACUGCCCCCACCCCUGAUGACACUGGGCGAUGCCUCAGCAAGCAUGGACGUGGCCAUUAGGUUGUCCACGAUCAUCUCGUCACUGGUCACCAGUUUGACGGACAACGCUUCGUUGAGGUUCUUCAAUCACGCGCCGCUCUGGGCACCAAUCGAUCCGACCUCUCUCACAGAGGUGUUCAACGUGUCCAACAUCAUCCAGGGUUCGGGUUCGACGUCGCCCGCUGCUGGACUCUACCCCGUGUUCGAGGCCAACCAGGAGCUGCAGUACCUGGUGCUGGUGACCGACGAGGAGGAGAACUCGCUGUACAAAGGAUACAACUUCUUGACUCUGUACAAGGAGUAUGUGGCCAAGGUGGCACCCAACUGCAAGCUGGUGUUUGUGUCCUUCCUUCAGACCAAUGAGGAGGGCCAGAUGAUGCAAGAGUUUGAGCAGGAGGGCAUCAAGCCACUGCAAUUCAAGCUGGACAAGACGCGACCCGACGCCACUAAGAUCGACGACCUCAUCACCACGCUCUCGUGCCAGAGCGACAGCUUCCUGCACCAGGUCACCGCCUUUGAGACCAUGAUCAAUCUCUGUGGCGAGAAGUACUUCUACAAGUACGUUGGCAAGGGCGAGGGAUACUUUGUCGAGUCCUUCACAUUCCAGACGCUCAUGCAUAUGCUGAGCAUGGUAUCACUGUAUGUCAGUGGUCAGAUGGAGGAGGAGCAGGAGGGAGAGGACACUGGCCUGCAGGCCGCUCUGGACUUGGCCAUCUCGACCCGCCAGUUCAAGGUGGUCACACAAGACAUCUUGGACAAGAUUAAGAGGUUCGCCAAGAAGUGUGGCUACAGCACACUCCACGACGCCAUCCUCGACAUUGAUACGACCGUCAUCAAUGCUCCCCUGAACGACUACCAGAUGAUCGAGUCGUUUGUCACCAAGGUUGACAUCCUCAGUAAGAACCCAGAGUUGUUUGCCAAGGAGAAGGUAGAGUCGCCCGCACCAAACCUCCUGCUCAAGCCACCCGUCGAUGCGGAUAUGAGCAAGGUGCGCGCUCGCGAGUAUGGUGAGCUCAAUGAGUACGACAUCAAUAUGCUGUUUGGAUACCUGGACGAAAUUGGAUCACUCAAGAGCUGCUCUGGGGUCAGCAAGCUAUGGCGCCAGUGCUCCCUGAACCCCAAGCAUUGGACGCGAUUCAUGAACGCCCGUGACAUCCGUCAGCUCGACCUCGUGUUCCUGGUGGACGACACUGGCUCAAUGGGCAGUGAGAUCAACCAGGUCAAGACCACCAUCAACGAGAUCGUCGACGAGAUCGUGUCGCUUGGAUCGAUCGAGGUGCGUGUGGGCAUGGUCUUCUACAAUGAUCACACUGGUGGAUCAAAGGAUUCGGUGGCCAAGGUGUUUGACUUCACCACAGACAUACCCGAGCUGCGCAACAAGCUCUCGGCGGUGCAGGUGAAUGGUGGCAACGACUUCCCCGAGGCACUGGCAGACGGCAUGGCGGCCGUGGGCGAACUCAGCUUUGCACGCUCAUCGACCAAGGUGUGCAUUCUCAUUGGUGACGCCCCACCACACGGCUUCUGCACCAAGCAAGAGGACUACUUCCCCGAGGGCUGUCCAUGUGGCAAGGAUGUGAUCUCGUCGACCAGGGACUUGGUGAGCCGCGGAGUGACCUUCUACUCUGUGGUGUGUCGCUUUGAGAACACGACCUACCAGGUGUUCUCGGCCAUCUCUGACAUGUCAGAGGGUCGCUGUGUCACACUGCAGGACGCCACACAGCUCAAGGAUAUCAUCACUGGAUCGGCCAAGGAGUCCAUCCUGCUCGACAUGGUGGCCAAUGAGGUGCUGAAGGAGUGUGAGUACUGGCGACAAAAGGUGACGUCCUGCACCAGAGAGGAGGCCAUCUACCGUGCGUCAUAUUCCUUGCGUGCCAAGGGUGUGCGAGUGCCACAGUUGAGAGCUCUGGCCAAGAACCAACAGCCAAAGGAUCAUAUUUAUCGCUCGAUACUCAAGUCCAAGAAUCAUACAGAGUACAAGGUCAAUGUGAUCAAGGCCAAGAACUCAAUACCAACCAAAGAGCCAAAGAUUGGCAAGGCCGCAUCUGUCACCACCGUCGACAGUGACUCAUCCAAGCUUGAAGAAUGUCUGAUCAGCAUUGACAAUGUAAGGAAGAUCGCCAAGAAGCAUCACUUUUUGUAA